CCAUACCAGUGGUCUCUCUGGUCUUCUCUCAUUACCUACCAGUGGUCUCUCUGGUCUUCUCUCAUUACCUACCAGUGGUCUCUCCGGUCUUCUCUCAUUACCUACCAGUGGUCUCUCCGGUCUUCUCUCAUUACCUACCAGUGGUCUCUCCGGUCUUCUCAUAUGACAACCAGUGGUCUCGCCGGCCUUCUCUCGUUACAUGCCGGUGGUCUCUGUUCUUCUCUCGUUACAUACCAGUGGUCUCUCUGGUCUUCUCAUGUUACAACAAUUGGUCUCUUCGGUCUUCUCUCGUUACAUACCAGUGGUCUCUCCGGUCUUCUCUCGUUACAUACCAGUGUUCUCUCUGGUCUUCUCAUGUUACAACCAGUGGUCUCUCCGGUCUUCUCAUGUUACAACCAGUGGUCUCUCCGGUCUUCUCUCGUUACAUACCAGUGUUCUCUCUGGUCUUCUCAUGUUACAACCAGUGGUCUCUCCGGUCUUUCGAUACAUACCAGUGGUCUCUGUUCUUCUCUCGUUACAUACCAGUGGUCUCUCUGGUCUUUUAACGUUACAACCAGUGGUCUCUCCAGUCUUCUCUCGUCACAUACCAGUGGUCUCUCCGGUCUUCUCUCGUUACCUACCAGUGGUCUCUCCGGUCUUCUCAUAUGACAACCAGUGGUCUUGUCGGCCUUCUCUCGUUACAUGCCGGUGGUCUCUGUUCUUCUCUCGUUACAGUGGUCUCUCAAGUACAAUCAUUUACAGUCAUGUGAUCCUAAUGUAACUGUUUCAGACAUUCCCACGCUUGGCUCAAACACAGGGCCUUUGGAAUGGGAGUGGACGCAGUGAGGUUUAGCAGGGUACAUAAAUGUGACAAAUGGCUGGCAUUUGUCACAAUUAUUUUAAAGAAUAUAUUCUUAAAUAAGCCAAAUUUGACUAAACAAUAUUCACCGAGAGUGUGAUCUCUAAUGAGCGCUGGGUCGGAAACAUUGACAAUAAAAGCAGUCGCUUGCUGUAUUUUUAAAUGAACUGCCCAAGAUGGGAGAAACUGCAUCUGAAGCUCCCAUCAGCACCAUCUACGUAUCUCUGCAUGCGCUUUAAAAUGUCUGUGUCGGAUAUAUACUGGCUGAUAUACUACUUUGUUCCUUUACCAAUAUUUAUAUAUUCACAUAUUAUACAUGGUGGGUAGUAGGACUACCAAUAUUUAUAUAUUCACAUAUUAUACAUGGUGGGUAGUAGGACCCGGUGAAGACUGGCCUCUUGUCAAUAGGGGACAGUGGAGUGUGUGUCAGUUUGAAGAGGGAAAACACACACACACACACGCAACACAAUGUGACAGUCAGUGCCAUACACUGCACUAGACAUGAAUAGGGGUGAUCCUGGAGGGGGGGGAGAGGAUCUAACAUCAUAAUGGAGUGAAAGAUCAGCUGCCAUUUAACUGGAAAUGCACCCAUGUGAUGGGUCUGGACCUCUGGAGGGUUUCCGCAGGAGCAGUCCACCUGUUGUAUUCGGGUGACCGCAUGUGAAAAUCCUCACAAGGGAUGCUGACUCUUUAUUUAACAGACUUUUUUUUUAAAUCCUUUUAUGGGAACUGAGAUUGUGAACCGAGCUACAAGCAAGCAGAGGAUCAUGGGUCAUCCAGCUGUAACGACAUCUCAGAUGCAAACAGAUGAAGUUAUGGAAGAAUAAUGGCAGAAACGUCCAAUCCCAUGAUUCCGUCUGAUUCCUCCAAUCUAACAACUGCCCCAUGGGAGCAACAUCCUACAGUUCCAACAGAUGUCGGCGUAGUCACCGGCUCUCAGUCGCAACUCAAAGACCUGUUCGGAUUGUUCUGCAUGGUGACCCUGAACCUCAUAGCCCUGCUGGCAAAUGUGGGCGUGAUGGUGGCCAUCGCCCGCGCUCCGCACAUGAAGCGAUUCGCUUUCGUAUGCCACCUUUGUGCCGUGGACCUGCUGUGCGCCAUUCUCCUCAUGCCCCUGGGGAUCAUAUCCAGCUCGCCCUUUUUCGCCACUGUGGUGUUCACCGUUCUGGAGUGUCAGGUGUACAUCUUCCUCAACGUGUUCCUCAUCUGUUUGUCCAUUCUCACCAUCACGGCCAUCAGUGUGGAACGCUACUUCUAUAUUGUUCACCCCAUGCGUUACGAAGUCAAGAUGACUAUCAAUUUAGCGAUCGGGGUCAUGCUCCUUAUCUGGGUGAAGUCGGCGCUCUUGGCGUUGUUCACCCUCUUUGGCUGGCCAGCCUACGGGAACCAAAGCUCGAUCGCGGCGGCGCACUGCUCGCUCCACGCCAGCCACAGUCGCCUUCGAGGAGUGUUUGCAGUUGUCUUCACUGUGCUUUGCUUCCUGGUACCUUCAGUGAUUAUCUUUGUCGUUUACUGCGCGGUGUACAAAGUCGCUCGUUCGGCCGCCUUGCAGCAAGUCCCUGCUGUCCCAACGUGGGCUAGCGUGAACUCAGAUAAGAAUCGGUCGGACUCCAUCAGCAGCCAGGCCACCAUGAUCAACACCACCCGCGCUCUGCCACAGAGACUUUCUCCAGAAAGAGCGUUCGGCGGAGGAAAGGCGGCCCUCACUUUGGUAUUCAUCGUGGGUCAGUUCCUGAUCUGCUGGCUGCCCUACUUCGUCUUCCACCUGCAAAUGUCUUUGACGGGCUCCAUGCACAGUCCGGGGGACUUGGAAGAGGCGGUCAACUGGCUGGCGUUUUCUUCAUUCGCGGUGAACCCGUUCUUCUACGGCUUGCUCAACAGGCAGAUCAGAGAGGAACUUGUCAAGUUCCGACGCUGCUGCCUGACCCAGCCUGUGGAGUUGGCCGUUUCCAGCCACGAGGGCUCCCUGCAGGAGAACUUCCUCCAGUUCAUCCAGAGAACCAGCUGCACCGCUGAGAGACGCUCCAGCUGUAUCGACUCCAGUCCGAGAAACACUGUGGGCCACAGGGUGAAGAUUCCUGGGCAAAUACCAGAGGAUCACACUUAGGGACACAUUCAGGGACUUGUCCAUUAUUCCUUAAAGGGAAUAACUUCUGAAAACCGUUUGAAGCUUGCUGGUUCGAUCCUCCGUUCUCCCAUGUCAGAGUAUCCUUGGGCAAGAAACUGAACCCUGCUGCUUUGAGUACCGUGAAGUAGAAAAGCUGCCGGUAGUACCAGUUGGUACUACACAAUGGAAAAGGGGCGUACCAAUAAAACUACAGAACCCUGUCAUGUGGCCAAUAACAUUUGUGUUAUUCAUGCCCACCAAACUGUCCUACUUGAGCAGAGUAAGGACGGGGAGAGUCGGCAGGAGUCAUACAGACUAAAUACAAAUACUGAUUACUUCAAAAAACUCAAAAGUGAUAUAUUCUUCGCAUUGUUCAGAAAUUUAUAUAGAUAAUUGUAGUCAAGCAUAUUGGUAGCAUCGUGGGGCUACAUGAGUGCUGCUGGCACCGGGGAGCUGCGGUUCCCUGAGGGAAAAGAUGAAUUCCAACAUGUUCUGCGGCAUUGCGACA